GUACCUACUCAUCGUGAGGAAGCAACAAAUCUCCAUUCCAGUCUCUCAGGAUUGCCCAGUGUCGUUUCUGCAGCUCUCGCUGCUGCCGGUCUCAACCACCCAGUGCAGGACGUGUGCAGAGCUUUUGCCUCUGGGGGUGCCCAGGCGCUCUCCUCGGAGACCAAAGCAGAUGACAAAGAGAAGGAGAACAGUCUCAGCUCCCAGUUGGAAGACGACCUAUCGGAGGACGACGACGCCAGUGAUCCCAGGAAAGACAAGCUUAGCCGGAGUCGCUCAAGUAACCACGAGGACGACGACCUGAACCCGGAGCAGAAGGCCGAGCGGGAGAAGGACCGGCGCAUGGCGAACAAUGCCCGGGAACGCCUCCGUGUGCGCGACAUAAACGAGGCCUUCAAGGAGCUGGGCCGCAUGUGCCAACUCCACAUGAAGAACGACAAGCCGCAGACCAAGCUCCUGAUCCUCCACCAGGCCGUCUCCGUCAUUCUCGGCCUGGAGCAACAAGUCAGAGAGAGGAACCUGAACCCUAAAGCCGCUUGCCUGAAGCGAAGGGAGGAAGAGAAGAUCUCCAAUGUCGAAUCCACGUCCACGCACAUGGUAGUUCAUCAGGGAAUUGGAGACUCCCCCAACCCCAUGGGGCACAUGUGAGGUAGGUAAGUCCCAUGCGGACUGGCACCGUUUGAAGGAGUUGUGCAGAGAUUGGUGUCGGAGGAAGGUGUUGUUACCUGGUUGGGAGGCGGGUGGGGGGGGUGCGUGAUAUGUUAUUGCCUGGCUCUCCAGCACAGACUUCCCAAUCCUUGCUGUUGGGAAUUGAGGGAGAAUGCUCCACUUGAUUGGAACCAGGUUUUAGGCAAGGUAAGAGCGUUCCUGACCUGUCAUCUUCAGUUGCCUCGUCGUCACUCUGUCAGAGGUUCGGUGUUUAGGGAUAACUGCAAGCUUUUCCGAUCCACUUACAGCUGCUCCAACAUUGGAUCACGUGCAGCAGUAUUUAACUCUGGGCUGACAAAUGGCGAGUAACAUUGAUACCGGGCAAAACCAUCCCCGACAUGAGCAAAUCUAAUCCUCACCCUCCUGGACGGUCAGUGGUGUUACCAUCACUGCAUCCUCCCACGAUCAACAUCCUGGGGGUUACCAUUGAGAGAGAACC